UGGAUAAUGAGAGAUUAACAGCAGAGGAAAUGGAUGAAAGACGACGCCAGAAUGUAGCCUAUGAAUACCUUUGUCAUCUGGAGGAAGCGAAGAGAUGGAUGGAGGCUUGUUUGAAUGAGGAGCUGCCUCCCACAACAGAGCUGGAAGAAGGAUUGAGAAAUGGAGUCUACCUGGCCAAACUUGGAAACUUCUUCUCCCCUAAAGUGGUUUCUGUGAAGAAAAUCUAUGAUAGGGAGCAGACUAGAUAUAAGGUGAGAGCUGUUGUCUGUAGAUACUCACUUAGGGAAACAUCUAAAAUAGGAAAAAGUGCAUGCAGAGAUACUGUGAGCAAAUAAGCAGAAAGUUAGGUUAUAUUAGUAUUACCUGAAAAA